GCCUGCCAUUCCCCUCAAAUUAACCGUGGUGUCCUGUAGCAGUGUGGAUGAUGUACAAUAUGCAGGAUUGGACGGUUGCUGUGGUAUUUGCGAUGCUGCAAGUCAUCAUCAUCACUCGAUUGCAUGCCAUGUAUCAACGAGAUAGAAAGAUCCUGAUAUUUCUCGUUACCACCUUCCUGGCGAUCAGCACUUUUUCUGGAGUGACAACCAUAAUGUCAACGAUGCAUACUUCAGGAGAGGAACUUAUUCUCUCCGGCACCUAUAUGUGCAAGGUUAGCUAUACAGGAGAUACCCUAGUUCUGGAUUCUGCUACUUGGAUACUCUACAUUGUGUGGGAGGUCCUCACACUAUGUCUCGCAGUCUGGAUUGCGGUAAAACACUUCCAUGAACUGCG